UAUUUGCCUGAACUUUGGUCCAAUAUAAGUUGUCCUGUUGGCAAACACUGACAUCUAGUGUUGAGACCGAUAACAGCAGUGGGCGGAGCUCCUGCUUAAACCUCCAGGAUCACUUCACACGGGAGCAGGAAAACGAGAGAGAGUCGGUUUAUCUGUCAACGCCGAUUGACGAAAGACUGAGCCAGAUUAAGAUCUGUUUUGCCUUCCUCUGAUCUGUGCACCCGCCACAGCAUGUCUUUCUGUCGGUUUUCUGGCGGUGAGAUCUACAAGGAUCAUUUUAAACCAGGUAUUUAUGUGUGCUCCCAGUGUAACCAUCCACUCUUCUCCAGUCGGUCCAAGUUCCCCAACUCAUCCCCUUGGCCUGCUUUCACUGACACCAUCAGAGAAGACAGUGUCACCAAGAUGAUGGAGACUCUCACUGCCUACAAGGUUCUUUGUGGCAAGUGUGGCAAUGGGUUGGGCCAUGAGUUUGUAAACGACGGCCCAGAAGAAGGAGUCUCACGGUUUUGAAUUUUCAGCCACUCACUUAAGUUUGUCCCCGCUAAAGGGAAGGACAAACAGUAAUGAGUGAGAUAUGACUCCUCAGUCCUGCUGCUGUAUCUGCGGCUCAGCCCGGGACCCGUGAACAGGUCGGCUCAGUGGGUGACGUGGACAGGAAAAAAGCCUGAGAGGGACGCCCUGUUCACUGAAGAAUCUUUGACCUGCCUGUGACACAGUGACAUUACCACACCUCUGCAAAUACUCCUUUACGAAAAUAUUACAGUCCUAGAAUACCUUAUUCAACAUACAUAUCAAUGUAAUUCUUAAUACAUAAUAUUCCAGAAGGUACAUGUAGCCGUAUGUUCUGUGCACUGAAGUCACAAUAAUGUGAUAGCAAGAAACUGUUAACCAAGUGUUUGUACAGUGUGAUAAAGUUAUUUUGACUAGUA